CGGGUCUUAUUUGUUCUCCAGCAGGAGGGCGUUCCGCUGACGACGAUACAGAUACAGUGUGGUCAAUUAUGCCGGUGUACGUGUGUGUACUGGUUCAUAUUUAGACGCUGUCAGAGGUAAAGGUUUUGUCCCAGAGUUUUUAACACCCGGAUCGGGCCUUCCUCGAUGUUAGCCUUCCUGGCGGUAUCACUGCCGGGGGAAAGGCGACAGAGGAGGCCAGGCUCGAAGACAUGGAGGCUAAGCGUCCUUUGCAGAGGGAGUGAGCCGUAGGACGUGGUGAUUUCUACAGGGUGUUGGCACUCCUAGAAUGGACCCUGCACACAUUGGAGGGGAUAUGUCACCUUUGUAUAUGCCAAGAAAGAGAAAGUCUGUCCAGUCACAACCUAAAAGUGGAGUGCCAUGUCCAGUUGUUCAGCGAAUGCCAGAAAGAACCUGUGAAUUAAAUCCAUCUGGAUAUCCCAAGAAUGACGAGUCUGAAGCCCAAGAUGCUCUAAAGAUGAAAAGAACGUAUGGUAGAAAAAGGUAUGAGGACCUGCAGAGUGUUUCCAUAGGAACAGUAGAUUACCCAACCACCAGCUGCUCUGUGAUGUCAUCAGUUGGCCUUGCGAAUGGGGCAGAUCCAGCGUCCAUGGCUCCACCCACUGCAAGGCUGCCUCCGAGACUGGUGGGGAAGGAUGUGUGGCCUCAAGGCCCCGAGGUCAGCAGGGAACAGCCCCAGCCUCAGGACCAGAGCUGGAGCUCCAGCAGGGACAGAGGCCCCGACGCCUGGGCGCCGGGUAGAGAACGGCCGCAGGAGCAGGUCUGGAACUCUGGCAGAGACCGAGCGGGACACUCUAGUCAAGACCAGACUUGGAUUCCAGGCAGGGACAGGGCCCAUACCGGUCCAGACCAGGCCUGGAUGACGGGCAGAGACAGAGGUCCUGAGCAGGGCUGGGCAGCUGGCAGAGACCGAGGCCAGGAUCAGGUCUGGAACGCAGGCAGGGAUUCAGUCAGAGACAGGGCCUCCUCAGGGCCAGAGCAGGCGUGGGGAACUGGCCGAGGUCAAGACCAAGGCUGGAGCAACACGAGCAGAGACAGAGGCCAUGUCUGGAGACCUGACUUGAACAUGAAGAAAGUCCAGAGAGUGGAGAUGGAGCGCAGCCCACCUGUUAGUAACUUCCCACAGCCACCAGAGGGCAGAGACUCUUGUUCAGAUGCAGCCAGUGUUGGUGAGGCCUCGACUGCCCAACCCAGCGAGGAGCAGAAACCCCUCGUCCCCUCCACCAAGAAGGAGCCUCCUACCUACCCUCCAGGAAGUCAAGAGGAGCGUUGGCAACUCCAGAUUGUGGCCAAAGGCAGAGUCACCUGUCCGAAGUGUAAAAGUGUGAGCAGGAAGACCGUGGAUGGCCUGAAGAAACACAUGGAGAACUGCAGACUGCAACCCUUUACCUGUCAACACUGUGGGAAACAGCUGAAGUCUUCAACGGGGAUGAAGUAUCACAUCAUGGCUGACCACAGCCAUCUGCCCUCAGCUGAUGAUGCCAAGGACCUGGAUGAUCGAGUAAUCAAAGACAAACUGCGUAAAAUCCUGAAGAGACUGGGCAAAUUAAAAUGCUCUAAAGAGGGCUGUAAUGCCGCCUUCACUAGCAUCAUGGGCUACGUGUACCACAUGAAGAAGUGUGGGAAGGAGGAGUCUGAGCUGGAGAAGAUGCUGCUGAAUUGCUCUCACUGUGGGAAAACAUACAAGUCCAAGGCCGGUCUGGAGUACCACCUGAAAUCAGAGCAUGCUCCUACGCCCCAGAAGAGUGAGGAAGACGAGGCCCAGAAGGCUCAGAGGGAGGCCAACCCAGAGCGGACGGCCAGCGGCAGGGUGCAGCGAGCAUCGGCCCAGGUGGCAAACUUCCACCUGGCUGAGAUUGCCAACAAUGAGCUGCCCAAAGACUGGCCCAAGAGGAAGUUUCAGUCAGACCUGGUGCCAGAUGACAAAAAGUUGAAAUACGCACGGCCAGGCCUGCCUGCCUUCAGCCAAGAGGUGCUGAGGAAGUGGAAGAAUGAGGUGAAGCUGCAGAGGAAAGUCCAGUGUCCCAACCAGGGUUGUGGCUGCACCUACACCAGUGUGUCUGGACUGAAAGCUCACCUGGGACUCUGCACAAGAGGUGACUUUGAGGCUGGAAAAUACCGAUGUCUGAUUUGCAAUAAAGAGUUUAACUCUGAAAGUGGAGUGAAGUACCACAUCAACUCUGUCCAUUCACAGGACUGGUUUGUGACAAACAAAAAGGCCUCCAAGAAGUUUGAGAAGUUCCUGAAAAACCAGCCCAAGGAGUUUGUCCACGAUGUAGAGAAACAGACCGUGGAUCAGUACCACCAUAAUCACCUCCAGCAUCAUCAGCAGCAUCAGCACCACCACCACCACCACCACCACCACAACCAUCAACAGCAGCAUCAGCUCCAGCACCAGCCCCUGCAGCACCCUCUGCAACCACUGCACCACCUCCAGCACCAAACCCAGUUCCUCCACCCAGAGCACCAGAACCUCCCUCCACAGGUGGACACCCAGCUCCAGCAGCCGAUGCUCCAGUACACCCCUCUAGAGCCUCCUCCCGGACCGCUGUGGGUGGACAUGGACCGGAGAGAAGCUGUGCCGGGACCGGAGCAGGCCCCGAUCGGGAUGGAAAUGGCUGAUGUUGACAAACCUGAAGAGGACAACAGCGGGAUGACGGAGGAGAAAAGGAGAGAGAAGGCGGAGAAAGGAGGGGAGAGGGGAAAGGCCGAUGGGAAGCGGAAGGAUUGCUUUGCUUUCGGUAGCGGUGGCGGUAGCAGCAGUAGCAGCAGUAAUACUGGCAGCUCAUCCAGCGAAUCAGAGGUGGAGCAGCAGGACAGGCAAAGACAGAUUGACCAGUGGAAUCUGAAACGGCCGGGAAUAAUGGAGCCCCACCCUGAUGCUGUAAAGCGACAGAGGAGCACUUAAAAAGACCCUAAAUACGCUACUAAACAUGACACUUUCCUUAACGCUUGUCAUGCAUCAGAGCUCAACUUAACAGAGGUAGAAAAAGACACCGUCGAGUGUCCGUCUCUGCUUUAUUAGAGGAAAACAAACAGGAGAGAAGGCAGCUUAUGGCAGAGCUACAACCUGUAAUUUUUUGGAAGUUGUGAAAGUAUUUAGACGACGACAGUGUCAGCGUGGAUACGAGACUGUAUACUUCUGGUUUAGAGGCUGUUUCUUGAGAUGGUUGUCAUUGUAUAGCUUUCAGAAAUGUAGUAUACUGUUUAUCUGUGUGUUUAUCUGUAACAGAUUCUUUUAACCAACUUUAAAUGUGUCUUAUUCUUUUAAAAAGUUUGAUAAACCUUCUUGUUUUUCAUGUUUACCUUGAAGGGAAGAAGUUACUGUAACCUUUAGAGAAGAUGCUACAGUAUAAUAUUUUGUUAGACUUGUCUAGUCGUGUUCUCUCUCUCUCUCUUUCUUUCUUUCUUUCUCUCUCUUUGAAAAGAUUUUGUGCCUCUUAAGUAUGAUAUGAAUUUCAUACUUACCAUCUCUUUUGCUACAACUGAUUGGCCUUUUCUGAGGCUAAAUAAUGUCGGAUGUGUCAGUCUUCUGGUAAAAUCUCCCUGGCCUGGAUUUCCCUCACCGUGUCUCUUCCUGUACCAUAUUUCCAUCAGUGAAGUUUUGACUAGAUCAAAUUUUUUGAACAUUACAGCGAAUGCAACUUCGUUCAUGGCUGGCAUCAAGUUGCCAUACUAGAGCCAAGUCUGCUGGCAGUAGUAAAAUGAGAGGAUCUGUUUGCGUGUGUGCAGUGACCCAGCGCAGUUACAAGGGUAGCAGAUCAAUACCACUCUUGUUAAGUACAGAACAGGUCAUCCAUCCACCUAGUACUUCUGCGCAUAGCAUCCAUGACGUAUAGCACAUUUGCUUGGCAGCCUCAAUGCACCUGGCUGUUUUUUCUCUCCCCUUAAAACCAUAAAUUGUUGUUUUUACAUUCUAUAUGUGUAGAAUUAAACAAACAAGAUACAGUUUGUGAGCUUUAGAGACGUUGGUAGGUGUAUUUUUGAGCUUUUAAAAUAGCCAGGCUAGCUGUUUUUCCCUUCUUCCUGUCUUUAUGCUAAGCUAAGGUAUUUACCUCCUGGGGCCAUCUCCAUACUUAACACACAAACCAGGAGACUGGAAAACAGCAUCAGCCAGCUGGCCUACCGCACGAUGUACGUCUUUUAAUGCUCUCAGCACCCAGUUUCCAAGAAACACAAAACAAAGAAAUCUAAAUACUUAAUUUGAUUACAUGCAGUUAAAAUGUUACUCCAGCAGUGUGUGAAGCCAAUCUAUGUAGUUUUUCAGAUGUAUUCCUGUAGUCUUAGAAAUGCAGUAAUACAUUUUUAUUGUAGUUGGACAAAAAAAAUAGACCUACUCGAUCCGCUUACUAGCUUUUCAUGAAGACGUCUGUUUUUUUUUAUCAGUUUUAGGCAUUUCAUGCAGGAUCAUAGUUCCCCGAACAAAGAAAGCAGAGAAAUGGCCGAUCAAAAACAACAGUAAAUGUGACCGUCAACAUAUUGGUGAGGAAAUUAAUGGAUUGCAGGUGACUUAUCACUUAUGUUACAAUAAUAGAUAAUCUGAGAGGUUUAAUAUUGAUGGCCAAGACACGAGUGACAGCCAACUCUGUUGAAGAAAAGCUAACAUACAAAAGCAUUUAACAUGGAGGGUGGGUGCUUUUCUUUUCUGUUCUUCAAAGACAGACCUGUUUUUGUCUAGCAGAAUAUUUAACCGAUAGCAUGUAGCCUAAUGUUUAUGUACUCGGCAUUUUGUAUCUACUAUUGUGGUGUAUGGUUAUGGAUGGUUUUCAGUCAUUUGUUUGUGAUGUUAUAACACCAUUUUUGUGUAAUUUUUACAACUUUUUAUGCAUUUAUGAAUGUAUUUUGGUUUCCCAUCUGUUGUGCAUGUUACAGUUCACUAAAAGACGACCAUUAAUUCAUCUUUUGUCUUGAUUUGAAACUUUCAAUGCGGAGUACCCUUUAAUCUGUUAAUCUGACAAAGAAAAAAAAUUUACUGUAGUGUGCUUUACCCUUCAUGGCCCUCCAUCAGAUGCCUUUUGAAAGAACAAUCUGUGUUGUUUAAGUUUUAAAAAUAAAAACCCUCCUAGUACAUGGGAAGUAUUUCAGAAAGCAUUGUUCAUUUUAAAUAAUUUUCUUUGGGUGCGUGGACCCCUGUACACUUGCUUGCAAGUCUAGUUUUUAUUUUAUUUUUACUUUUCAUUUAGGAUGGACUUUUUAAGAGUCCAAGCCAUGUUACUGUUACUCUACUUUUUCUCUUUGGUGCUAACCUGUUGUUGCAUUGUUUAAAAAGACUUUGCUGCGAUAAAGUUUGAAUGGGACUGCAGAUUUUUUUUCUUUGUUCAGCCACUGUGGAUAUUGUUGUUCAUGCUAAAUAUCCUGUACUUCUUAAUAAUAAUUAUAACAAGAGAGUUCUUGUGAUCAUUAUUCAUCACCUAAUGUUAUGUAACAAUUUUGUUUUCAUGUUGUUUAUUGUCUCAAAAUGCCUUCUAUUCAAAAUGUAAACGUUUUCAGGAAGUGGCUUGAAGUUCCUUUACUGUUGAAAUACUUCCCAUGCUUGUGACCAAAUCUUUAUCACCAUGCAUGCACUUUGAACAGUUUGAUGGCACAAAGGACAGCAUUGCUCAGCUUUAAGAGACUUUAUCCCUGACUAAAUAUUUUAAUCCCCUCCAAACCUGCGUUAUCAUUGGAAAGGUUUAUGAAUAUUUCAAUGGAAUUUUGUUCAAAAACAUGAAUUGUUUAUAUUUUUUGUGUUUUAGUGCCAAAAACAGAUACAUUAUGUAACUUGAGUUUUGAAAGCCACAAAUCCAAGUUAUCUUUGACUAAUUGGUUUUCCCAUCAACCACUGCAGAUCCUGUAUGUCAGGGUCCUUAGUGAACAUGUAAAAUCUUUGAGUUGGAACUGACCUCCUGAAUUAAUUAUUUCUUUUGGAAAAUGUUUCAUCCAGUGGCCGUACUAGAUGCGAUGCUGGAAAUGGAUGUAAUGUUAUUAACCAUACAGUUAAUGAUAUAAGAAUAGAAUGAGAUGAAAAUAAUGAAUUUUGUUCUCAUGUCUUGUGCCCCAGCCACCACCAUCCAUACAGAAAAUAUUCAGUAUAUAUAAUCUAGGCCAGCUUUGAAUAAAGGUUCAGUUAGUAGUAAUGUAUCAUUUGUAAACACAUAAAGAAAGCACUUAUUUUUUCCAUUUUGUGGGACAUCAUUUCUAUUAAAGUGAAAAUACUUAUUGUCUCAGCCAACCCUUCAGUGAUCUGUACAUUUAAUAUGUUAUUACUUGUUUGUUUUUUUUAGAAGUUAUGUGCUGCUAUUUCAUAGUACCAGCAGUGUUAUAACCACAGAUAAUUAAAAGUUUAAUUCAUGGUGA